AUGACGAUGUUUAUGUUAUCGUGGUGCCACAAUCCUUCGAUAAUCAGGAUGCACAAGAUCCGUCUGUUCUGCCAUAUGGGACUAGCACUCAUGGCCGUCCUCAUGCUCUCGUCUACCUCGGUCGUCCUAGCUUACUCCAUCAAGAUGUAUCAUGGCUCGUUUCUCCACUCUGUCCCCGAGAUCCUGACUGCCAGCGCGGUCAGCUUCAUCAUCGUCGGCUUGGCUUGGCUUCCGAGUGACCAACACUUGGGCUCCUAUGGGCUCCCCCUCAUGCGAGCUGUUUGGCAGGAGCUCCUCUGGUCUGGUACUCUCACCCUAGGAAUCGGAGCCGCGUUGGCUUCAUUGCACGAAUCAACCCCUGGCUUGAUGACCAGCUGCGGCCGUUACUUUAUCUGCCGAGGCUACAUCUUCAUCUUUAUCGUUACGUGGUUCGGAUGGGCCAUGAUCGCGUUGCCGACGGCCUUGUUACUCGUCAGCGCGCUCUACCAGAUGAAACGCUCACCGAUCGGCGGAUCCGUCUGGCAGAUGGACGUCGACCGCUUUGAGUACUUCUGGCCCGGACAAACCCAUCUCAAGGCCAGACGAGUCACGAUGAUCAGCGGACUCCCUCGCGUUCAGCCCGACCUAUCUGACUUGAAAUCUCACCCGGACGGCUUAUCUUUCGAAAAUGAGAAACAAGCCUCUUUCCAUAAUUUCUGA